UCCAUCGGUACACUCCGGUGCUCGCCUCGCUUCUUUUUCUGUGUGGCUGAACUGCCAUAGAUUAAAGCUCACCUUCGUUUCCCAGCGCAUCUAAAUUUCCAGGUGCUGACCAUCCAUUGGAAAGUUACGCACGGCUCAUUGGAGAGAUGGAAGAGUAGUUUGACUUCUGUUCUUGGAAUUAUCAAGCAUCGGGAAAGUGGCUCUCGUAGCAUCUGGCUCCCUGGGCUGAAGUUACAAGGAGCUCCAAGGGUAGAAAUUGGAAGAUGAAAGGCGAGAGAUUAAGCUGAAAGGAACAGUGGGUGUUGUCAGAGAUUAAACUUGGAGACAUCCAGGGAUGCCAGCUCUGUAAGAAUCAUGCAGGUCACAUGGUCAGGUACCACAGUCCUCAUCAUUUUCACCUUGCUGCAGUUUGUCCAGUCGGAGCUGUCGGAGGGUCCUUUGGUUCCAGACACGGGGACUCAGGAGGGGACUAGCAAUAGGGCCACAGAGGCCCCCACUGCAGAACACGAUGACGACAACUCUCUGGGCUAUACAGGGUCCCGUCUGCGGCAGGAAGACUACGCACCCCGUAUUGUGGAACACCCCUCUGAUCUGAUUGUAUCCAAGGGCGAACCAGCCACCCUAAACUGCAAGGCGGAGGGGCGGCCCAACCCCACCGUGGAGUGGUACAAGGAUGGAGAGCGUGUGGAAACGGACCGGGACAACCCUCGAUCCCACCGCAUGCUCCUGCCCAGCGGCUCGCUCUUCUUCCUGCGUAUCGUACACGGCCGUCGCAGCAAACCCGACGAAGGCUCCUACGUUUGCGUGGCCCGUAACUACCUGGGAGAAGCAGUCAGCCACAACGCCUCACUGGAAGUAGCUAUUCUUCGAGAUGAUUUCAGACAGAACCCUGUGGAUGUGAUGGUGGCGGCGGGCGAGCCAGCGGUCAUGGAGUGCCAGCCGCCCCGCGGACACCCAGAACCCACCAUCUCCUGGAAGAAAGAUGGAGUCACCAUAGACGACAGAGAUGAGAGGAUAACGGUAAGGAUAUCUGACAAGCCACUACACACAUUUGAUGCAGGGAAGUACGUGUGUGUGGGAACCAACAUGAUGGGGGAACGGGAGAGCGAGAUCGCAGAGUUGACCGUUCUCGAGAGGCCCAGUUUUUUGCGAAAGCCGAGCAGUCAGUCUGUUCUGGUGGACCAGAGUGUGGAGUUCAGAUGUGAGGCUCAAGGGGAUCCCGUGCCCACCAUCCGCUGGAGGAAAGAGGACGGAGAUCUUCCCAAGGGAAGGCAUGAGAUCUGGGAGGACCACACGCUCAAACUGAAGAGACUGACCUCAGGAGACGCCGGUACUUACACCUGUCAGGCGGAGAACAUGAUGGGGAAGACGGAGGCCAGCGCCACCCUCACCGUCCACGUUGUGUCUGUUCCUCCUGUGUUUGUGGUGCGACCCAGGAAUCAAGUGGUCGGUAUGGGUCGCACCGUGACCUUUCAAUGCGAAGCCACAGGAAAUCCUCAGCCUGCCAUAUUUUGGCAGAAAGAAGGCAGUCAGAACCUUCUGUUCUCUUCUCAACCUCCUCCACCUUCCAGUCGAUUCUCUGUCUCUCAGACGGGCGAUCUGACCAUCACAGCAGUGGAGCGUUCAGACGGAGGCUACUACAGCUGUCAGGCUUUGAACAUCGCUGGCAGUGUGAUCACCAAAGCCCUGCUGGAGGUUACAGACGGUGAGACGGACGCACUCAGUACAGAUGAGGCCUUAGUGAACGCAAAACUGGGAGACACUGGCAUGUACACCUGCACCGCGUCCACCCCCAGCGGAGAGGCGUCCUGGAAAGCUUACCUGGAGGUGCAAGAGUUUGGUGCUCCGGCUCAGCCGGGUCGACCCACAGAUCCCAACCUCAUCCCCAGCGCCCCCUUCAAACCAGAGGUCACGGAUGUCAGCCGCACCUCUGUGUCUCUGUCCUGGAAGCCCAACCUGAACGCUGGAGCCACGCCCACCUCUUACAUCAUAGAAGCCUUCAGCCAUGCGGCGGGCAGCAGCUGGCAGACGCUGGCGGAUCACGUGAAGACGGAGAGCUUCGUCCUAAAGGGUCUGAAGCCCAGCGCCAUCUACCUGUUCCUGGUGAGAGCGGCUAAUGCGUACGGCCUGAGUGACCCGAGCCCCAUCAGCGACGCUGUCAAAACACAAGACGUCCCACCAACCAGUCAGGGAGUGGACCACGGGCAGAUCCAGAGGGAGCUGGGAGAUGUUGUCAUUCACCUCCACAAUCCCACAAUUCUCUCCUCGUCAUCUGUCAGAGUCCAGUGGACUGUCGAGCAGCAGUCUCAGUACAUUCAGGGCUAUAAGGUGAUGUACCGGCCGUCCCCAGAGGGCGCUCAGCAGCGGGUGGAAUGGGCCAUGCUUGAGGUUCGAACCCUGGGGGAGAACAGCGCAGUCGUCACCCAGCUCAAGAAGGGCGUGACCUAUGAGUUCAAAGUCCGACCUUUCUUCAAUGAGUUCCAAGGCACCGACAGCGACAUCAAAGUGGGCAAGACCCUGGAGGAAGCGCCCAGCGCCGCUCCCAGGGGGCUCACCGUAACGGGAAGCGGAGACAACGGCACAGCUAUUCUGGUAUCCUGGCAACCGCCCCCAGAGGAGGAGCAGAACGGCGUGGUGCAGGAGUAUAAGAUCUGGUGUCUUGGUAAUGAAAGCCGAUACCACAUUAACCGCACAGUGGAUGGAUCCACACACUCGGUUCUGAUUCCCGGCCUGGUUCCAGGGGUCACGUACAGGGUGGAGGUGGCAGCCAGCACAGGGGCUGGUCCCGGGGUGAAGAGCGAGGCUACAUCCUUCCAGCUGGACUCGUCAGGCCGCGUUCUUCCGCCGCCGCUGGACGAUGACAAUACGAUUUCCCAGCAGAUCUCAGACGUGGUGCGUCAGCCGGCCUUCAUCGCGGGCAUCGGCGCGGCCUGCUGGAUCAUCCUCAUGGUCUUCAGCAUCUGGCUGUACCGCCACCGUAAGAAGAGGAACGGCCUCAGCAGCAGCUACGCCGGCAUCCGCAAAGUGCCCUCCUUCACCUUCACCCCCACAGUGGCCUAUCAGAGAGGAGGAGAAGCUGUCAGCAGUGCUGGAAGGCCAGGUUUGUUGAAUAUAGGUGAACCAGCUACCCAGCCCUGGCUCGCGGACACAUGGCCGAACAGCUGCUCCAAUCACAAUGACUGCACCAUCAACUGCUGCACCGGCAGCAAUGGAAACAGCGACAGCAACCUGGCCACCUACAGCCGCCCAGCCGACUGCAUCGCCAACUACAGCAACCAGAUGGACAACAAGGCCAGCAACCUGCUGGCUCCCGACACGGGCCUUUACAGUGACGUGGACCUCUCCAACAAGAUCAACGAGAUGAAGACCUUCAACAGCCCCAACCUAAAGGAUGGCCGUUUCGUGGGGCCUGGCGGUCAGCCUACGCCCUAUGCCACCACCCAGCUCAUCCAGUCCAGCCUGGCCAACAACAACGUGAACAGCAGCAGCGGCGGAAGUGGAGGAGGAAGUGCCGACCUCAACGAGAAGCAGAGCUGGAAGAGCAGCCAAGGAACACCUCAAAAACAGGCCGACAUCAACACGCCACUGCAGUAUAACGUCAUGGAACAGAACAAACUGAAUAAGGACCACUAUCGAGGUGAGGGGCCCAUCUCAGGCACCAUCCCCUAUAACCAGGCCCAGGACGCCCUUACAGGAGGAACCUACAGCAGCUCUGACAGAGGGAGCAGCACCUCUGGAAGUCAAGGACAGAAAAAAGGUGGGCGAACAACUAAACAGGCCAAACAGAACACAAUGAAUUGGACCGAACUGUUGCCUCCUCCUCCGGUUAAUCCACCACCGUGUCAGGAAUACACCCUUGCGAUGGACGACAGUUAUGACACAGACCUGCAGUGCCCUUUGCCGCCGUCGCGUAUGUAUCUGCAACCUGACGAGCUAGAAGAGGAGGAGGAAGAGGUGGAGCUGGAGCGUGGACCUACACCGCCCAUACGGGGAGCUGCUUCCUCACCUGCCGCUGUGUCCUACAGUCACCAGUCCACCGCGACCCUCACCCCGUCCCCUCAGGAGGAGAUGCAGCCCAUGCUGCAGGAUAACCCCGACCUACACGAGCGCAGGCGACUCUUGGUGAGCCCACCCCCUCCACCACGCCCCCUCUCCCCUCCGCACACGUACGGCUACAUAUCCAGCCCCCUGGGUCUGGACACGGACGGCCUGGAGGAAGAAGAGGACGAGGAAGAGGGUGACGAGACGGAUGCGGAGGUGGCUCGAGUCCACCAGCUCCACACCCACCCUCACCAGCAGCACUUGCCCCAGCAGAGGGCUCUCCUGCGGGGCCUGGAACAGACCCCGGCCUCCAGCACCUGUGACCUGGAGAGCUCUGUCACCGGGUCUAUGAUCAACGGCUGGGGCUCAGCUUCAGAGGAGGACAACGCCUCAUCGGGUCGUUCCAGCGCCGUCAGCUCAUCGGACGGAUCUUUCUUUACCGAUGCUGAUUUUGCCCAGGCUGUAGCAGCUGCGGCCGAAUAUGCUGGUUUACGAGUGGCAAAGCAUCCUGGGAAAGGCCACCAUCAGCUUCCAGUGUCUGGAGCACGGAAAUACCAAAACCUCCCUGUGGGACACCGUCCAGGCAGCCCAGUGUCCACAGACAGUAAUGUUAGUGCAGCCCCGGGUCAGAGGAGGCCUCUAAAGAGGCAAAAACAACAUCCAGCUGCUCAGACAGGCUAUCAGCGCCGAGAGGCCUACUCAGAGGAUCUUCCCCCUCCUCCGAUUCCUCCUCCAGCCAUGCUGAAGUCUCCAACUCACCCGGCCAAAACCAUCCCAGAGGGCCCACGGGGGGCCAUGUCGCCCAGAUCCAGUUCUGCUGAUGGCAAGGACAAGCGAACGGGUUCGGGCGGACCCAGACCCCGGGAUGGCUCGGACACUCGGACCAGCUCUUCAGAACGGCGGGAGGGCCAGGAUGUAAAGAAGGGUCAGAGAACGGGGAAAAGCAACAAACAAGAUGCCGGUGCAGGCCAUAAGAGCCGCCAACACCCAGGCUCAGAGGACAUCCUACCUUAUAGUCGCCCAUCUUUCCCAGGCGUCCACAGUCCUCGUGGAGAAAGGGACCCCAGCUCCUCCAGUUCACUGUCCUCUCGAGGAUCCGGUGGACGGCGGAGAGGUGAAGGGGCCCGCAGAAACCCUGCAGAUUUUGGGCUGAACACCAUAGGAGCCUUCCAGACAGGAGGGGAGGAGCUUGAGAUGGUGGAGAGCUGAAGAUAAAAAUACGGCUGUCAAAUGUUCCUCAGCAACCAUCUUCAGCACAGUUUGACCAUCUCGGCGGUAUCUUUUACUGAAAACUACCGACAUAGAGUCACGUUUGGAAAACUGACCAACCAUUCUUCAUUUAUUUACCUUAAUUUUCGAUUGUGCAUUUAAAGAAGAAAAGACAGAAGAAAAACAAAGGGUGCAUUUGAGAGGGGCUAAUGCAAUUUUGUUUUGAUUCCAAUGCAAUAUGACGUAUCCGUUAGCUCCUGAAACUGAUUAUGGCUUUGUUCACCUUGGCGAGAAGGUUGUCAGUCAGCUGUUACUGUAAUGAAACUCCAGGCACAAAGGGACUGACUGACUGACAUGUACAUACACGUGUAUACACAUCUAACUGUCUUUUAUAAUCCAUUGUGGUACAUUAAAUUUGUCUUCCUCUGUUUAUUUGAAUAAUUUUUAAAUUACGCCGGUUAAUAUAAUUUUUUUUUUAAUAGCCGUCAUCCUGGUUGUAAAUUUUCAUAGUGUUUAAACUGCCCCAGGAAAAGUGCCACAUUUGGAAAGUUAUUGUUUGUUUUUUAAUGCACUGUUAUUAUUUUUCUCAUUGUCGAUGUUUGUUGUUCUAUGUUUGACUUUGGUUUUAAAAGCACAAUCACUAAACUUUAUUUUGAACCAUGUUAUCGAUUAACCUUUUUGUCUUACCGAGGGGAGCGUGGACGGUACGGCAAAAGGCCUCGUUAAACCUGUUGAUGUAGGGUUAUGAGAAAAGAAAAUGAAAAAGGAUAAGCUGUUUACAAAUGAGUGAAUGAAUGGAAACGAAUCCCUUCAUCCUUACCUUCGGUGUCUUUUCCAGAUUCUCAUUCCAGCUCAAGACAUCCUGCAAAAAUGAAAUAUACAGGAAUUAAUGCAGGGAUGUUAUGUUUACGAAAGUAUUGCUCCACCUGUGCACUUUCGUUAUUA